UCUUCUUCCCUAUAACGUCUUAAACCAUUGUACUGUGAAGUUGGGUGAGCAAAGCACAUGGGCUGUCAUUGUCACACUGUAAAUACCACACCCACAUAGACCCACUCUCGUCCUGGUAUCAUCUAUUUCUGUCAAAGAUUUUGACUUUAUGUUACAGACACAACCAUUCAGGAGUCUUCUGAAGAUCUCUCUGUUCGGUUUUGACAUCAAAGGCUGAUUCUUUUUGGGAGUUUUGAGUUCCCUGAGGUCAUUGGUUGUGGAGUACUAGAGUUGCAACUGACAACAAUGGCAGAGGAAGAAGUUGCUAGUCCGAUCCGCCGCGUCCUUCUCAUCUCCGCUGGUGCAAGUCACUCUGUUGCUCUUCUAACUGGUAAUAUUGUUUGCUCGUGGGGACGUGGAGAGGAUGGGCAAUUAGGCCAUGCUGAUGCCGAAGAUCGAAAUUCACCUACACAUUUGAGUGCAUUGGAUGGUCAUGAGAUUGUUUCUCUUACUUGUGGAGCUGAUCAUACUACUGCUUACUCUGUCUCGCGUUUGGAAGUGUAUAGUUGGGGAUGGGGUGAUUUUGGGAGAUUAGGUCAUGGCAAUUCGAGCGACUUGUUUACACCUCAGCCAAUAAAGGCAUUGCAUGGUCUGAGGAUACGUCAAAUUGCUUGUGGAGACAGCCAUUGUUUAGCAGUGACAAUGGAAGGUCAGGUACAAAGCUGGGGGAGGAAUCAAAAUGGUCAACUUGGUCUUGGCACCACAGAAGACUCCCUUGUACCACAGAAAAUUCAAGAGUUUCAGGGAGAGUAUAUCAAAAUGGUUGCUGCUGGUGCUGAACAUACAGCUGCUGUUACAGAAGACGGGACAUUGUACGGAUGGGGAUGGGGACGCUAUGGUAAUCUGGGUUUAGGUGACAGAAAUGAUCGCUUGAUUCCAGAGAAGGUUUCUCUUGCUAAUGGUGAGAAGAUGGUUAUGGUUGCUUGUGGGUGGCGACAUACAAUAUCAGUUUCCUCAUCGGGUCAAAUAUACACAUAUGGGUGGAGCAAAUAUGGUCAACUUGGACAUGGAGAUUUUGAGGAUCACCUUAUACCACACAAGCUGGAAUCCUUGAGUGACAAAUUUAUUUCUGAGGUCACAGGUGGUUGGAGGCAUACUAUGGCAUUAACAUCUGAUGGAAAACUUUAUGGCUGGGGAUGGAAUAAGUUUGGACAGGUUGGAGUUGGUGACAAUGUGGAUCACUGCACCCCUUUGCAAGUCAAAUUUCCCAAUGAGCAGAAAGUAGUAAAAAUAUCUUGUGGAUGGAGACACACACUUGCUGUUACUGAAAGGCAGAAUGUAUUUUCGUGGGGGAGAGGUACAAAUGGACAGCUUGGGCAUGGGGAAUCUGUUGACCGGAAUAUUCCGAAGAUUGUCGAUUCUUUGAGCGCUGAUGGAUGUAGUGGGCAAAAGAUAGAAUCUUCAACAGUUGAUCCGUCAUCAGGGAAAACUUGGGUGUCGCCAUCAGAGAGAUAUGCAAUUGUUCCUGAUGAAACUGUUCGAGGGCAAACAUCAGUUCCAGUUAAAGGAAAUGGCAAUGAUGCAAGUGUUCCUGAAACCGACGGGAAGCGCAUCCGACUUUAAACUUUUAUCAAGUGUACUUAAGAACAUGUUCUGGAAUUAAGGAUAUGACCUAACAGAAGUGCCCUUAUCUAAACGUUGGUCAUAAAUUUCAUUCGACUUGGAAACACAUCACAUGUAACUCUUUCCUUGUUUGAAUGUAGACAUUUUAAACGCUUGUGUUUUGAUAAGUUUUACUAGUGACCAAGGUAGAAAAAAUUUCAAACUAUUGCAACUUGA